AUGGCUGAAUCCUCAGAGAGAUCAUCGAAUCCGAAAAGAUCUUCAGAUUCGUCGGUCCGCCAUAAGGGUACAAGCAAACGUAGUGCCACGAAACGUCGGAAAGUGGUCGCACAACGACAUUUCAGCGCCGACAGCGAAGAUGAACGUUUGAAAGAACGUUUAAACGCUAAAUUCAACGUGAAGCAACGAAAGACUGUGGACGAUUCGGCGCAAGGAGGUUCAUUGGGCGUUUGUAACAGUGAGCGGCAUGAUGCAAUCAUACGCAGGGCCGAGUGUGCACGAAUCAAUCGUUUGCAUAAAGGUGCCGAGAACAACGAUGCCGUACCGACCCGAUGGAAGUGUGCCUUGUGCCAACAGCGAUCAUCACGCUCGUUUUUGGGUGACCUUUAUGGACCUUACUUCGUCCGAGUACAAGGCAACCAUUGGCCGUCGUUUUUGGCCAAGAAACCCGCACAUUUGAAUCUUGAGGUACCGAAUUCAGUGUGGCUUUUGAUGAAUUUAUCAUUAAAACUCUAA